AUGUACCGCUGGACAGCUCUCGUGUCCGCUGCGGUCCUCGUCGACCUGGCCGCGUCCACGACCGCUUCCGUCUCGUCUUACGACAUCAACGACCCCAUGUUCGGCACGUGUCGUCUCAAGGGCGUUGCCCCCUCCAGUGCCAAUUUCAAGCUCUACGCGUCUUUGCCCAAUAAAGACGUCGGACUCAACGAAGCUUGCGGCCGCUGUAUCACCGUCAAGCGGGGCGAGUUGACGACAUCCGCUUACGUGCUGAACGUGUGCGACGGCUGUGAUUCAGAGACCGUCCAGCUCUCGAGGGACGCGCUGGCGGCUCUGGAGAUCCGACCCGGUGGAAAAAAGGUGCGGGUCACCUACGAGUUCGACACGUGCCCGUCGUCGCUCCUGUCGGGCGACAUUAAAGCUUGUCUCAUGGAAGGCGCCUCCGGGACGUACGUGCCGCUGCAGUUCUACAACUCCCACAAGGUCAUUACAGCAGCUUCCAUCAAUGGCGUCCCCGCUACGACCACGAAGGCCAACUUCCUCUUCUCAGCCAACCCGAGCUUCCCGUCCAAGACCUGGUACCAGAACGUCGACUUUUCCGUCACGUCGGACACGGGAGAGACACUCAAUAGUUCAUUGGCAUUUGACAGUGACUCUGGCUGUGCAACGUCUUCGGUGCAGUUCUACUCCGCGUCCACCGCGGAUGGUGUCGAUGGAAACACCAGCACUUCCGGCUCGUCGUCCAGUGGUGCUAUCAUUGGUGCUGUUUGUGGCGGCAUUGCCGCCUUGUUCCUUGUUGUGGGGUCCGCGAUUUUCGUCCGCCGUCGCAAACAGGCGUCGAAAGACAUGGACGACCCCGAGAACGAGAUGGAGAACCAGUUCUUGUCGCCGGCGGUGAAGCCGCUGAAAGCUGCGCCGUCGACGUCGUACCAGGAUGACCGGCAGACACUCGCUUCUCCGACGGUAGAUUACGCCGAGUCGUUCUCACCAGCUGCUAAUUCCAAGGCUACGAACACGAAACCAGGUACGAUGAACUCGCCCUUGUUGAUGCCGGCAGCAACGGCAGCUGUUCCUGCUCCAGUUGUUGCGGCACCAGUUGCUGCUAAACCAUUGGUGGCGCGUGGCCAGAUGCCGGCUGCCCCUGCAUCUUGUCCGCCCGGAAGAUCGACGUCGCCGUCAAAAGCGGCUCCAACAACUUUUGCUUUUAGCAGCAACUUGGACUCGAGCUCCCGUCAUCCUCCAGUGAAGACUGCGCCGACGCUUUCAGCUCCUGUGGUACACCACCAGCCAUUGCGCACUGGUUUCUACGACGAUGACGUUGAAGAGAAUCGCUCGAGCUUUGAUAUUGAUGACAUGCGCGAGACCGAAGCUCGUGCGACGUCGAUCGACUACUCGAACCGACUGGACACAGAGCCGUCACUUGCACCGUUUAGUGCAGCGGAACCGUAUGUGAACACAGUGACGUCUCCUCAAAGCAACCAUCGUGCCACGAGCCUCCGUCGCCCUGGCUCGAAGCUUAAUGCGGCGAAAUUGUCAGGCCGUGGCGACUCAGGCCGUUACGUCAAUGACCUGGCGGUUUCUAACACGGACAGCUACGCGCCAGAAGCACCACGCCAGACGAAUGGAUCCAUCAUAUCAAAUGGAGCAAACGUGGCGUCUAACAGGGCGGAACCUUCGCCUUCACCCGAUGCUAGCGCCUUGAGCGCAGGUCCUAGCUACUCGACGGACACUAACACGAUGACGGACUCGCCAGUUCGAGACAGUUAUGCGUCUCGCGCUACGCAGCAAAAUGCAGAUUUGUCUACUUCGCAACGCAGCUUGGGUUCGAUGCGUGAGAGCGGCGGCUACAGCACCGACUCGUUGAAUAUUCUGGGCUACCCGUAUUCCAAGAAGAGCGGGCGACACCACAACUCUACAGAGAUGCAGUUUUGA